AUGCAGACGUACGCAGCCUUCGGUGCCGGCACUGGGGCUACACUGUCAGUCCUGGAGUUUCUGAACCUGACCGAAACGAGCAGAGGUUCGGCUGGGGCGAACAAUGGCACGCAGCAGGGACCCUGGACGGGAGGCCCGUCCGAUGGCGAGGCUGAUACCAGCCCCGGCAACUCUGCUUUCGUCGCUGUCUUGAUCCUUGCGGUCGUCCUGGUGCUCGCUUCAACGCUUGCCGUUAGCGUAUGGGCCAAAAUGCGCCGAGCUCGGCUAAAGGUCAUGGAUGCAGCGGAAGUGAACACAGUAGCACAGUGUCCGGACGCCGACAGAGUUUUGGCACAUGUGGCGUGUGCCUUUGCGCCAGCAGAUGUUGAAGACGACAAGGUUUUCCGAGAAAGCUGCCUCGAUCUCUCCGAAGGAGAUAUCGUGGAAGUUGUUGCAGGUGGUGGUGGAUGGUUCUACGGCCGUGUCAUUUCAGGAAAUGGAGACGUCGCUCGCAUGGGCUACUUCCCUGAAAAUCGAGUGUCAUGGAUUGGCAAGAUUCCUCGCGCAGAGGUUGCUUGUGCGGACCAGCACGCGCUAGUUUUUGUAAACCAUGGGUUUACCCCGGAAGACGUCACCGAGGGCGAGAACUUGCGGGAUAAUUGUCUGCACCUCGAAGCAGGUGAAGUGGUGGAGGUCUUGGCCGGCGGUUCUGGCUGGCUCUACGGCCAGGUGGCAGGACAUCCUGAGCGCGCAGGCUACUUCCCAGAAAAUCGGGCAACUUGGCUCGGUUCGUGCGAGGAGAACGACGAAGCAGCCAAGACCGACCAGGGCGUGCUGGUUAAAGUGGUUGCAAACUACUCGCCUGGCAGUCCUGGUGACAAGGAGGAAGAGGUGACAUUUGCCGAAAGCUGCCUUGCACUGGCAGAGGGCGAUGUUGUGGAGGUUGCGGCGAGCGGUGGUGGUUGGGUGUAUGGUCGUGUGGUCGGAUCUCCAGAACGCCAUGGGUAUUUCCCGGAGACUCGUGUGUCAUGGCUCGGAAAGCCCGUGGAGCGAGAUAUUGCGGACAACGAGGCUCAUUACAUACACAUCAUGGCUUCUUUUCACUUCCAUUUCUGGACAUGCUGUGGCUUCCGACACGAUGAUUCAUUCCUCAAGCUGCUUGACUCCCCGACACCAAACCACUUUUGCAAUCUUGAGGAGGGCCAUGCCCGCGUCCUUAACUCCGCCGAGCUGGGUCCUUACGCAGCAACACCGGCUAAGGAUCCAUUUCAACUUGGGUGA